UGUAUUGUAUUGUGAACGUUAGUGCGCCGGAAUAAGUGAUCUACACUCUCCAAACGUGGUCCACAUACACUACCCCUAGUAGUGGGCGGCCACUAAUUGAGCUCCUACUGUUUUCACCGUCACGAUCAGCAUACAAUGGCUCCCCCUUCGCGGAGACGCGCUAAGCCUUGGUGGCGGCAUGUCCGCUGCUUCCGUCCCCCGCAUCGGUCUUGUAGUCUUGGCUCAACUAGGGUCACUACACCAUACUCCUUUCCCCGGCGACUGCUAUCGUGGCCGACCAACCACACAGUCUCAGCCAGCACGCCCUUGUUCUUCAGUCUUGUGUUGUUCCUGCGCCUUAUGCUGAUCCCCUUGAGCACCUUCCCUUGACGAUUGACUUCCGCAGCGUUCCCCCCUCGCGGACGCUCGCGCCUCACCGCCGAAUCAGCUUCCUGGGCGGUGCCGUAGUCACCAGCCCACGGGAAGUCGGUGGCUGAGCACUGAGCGCGCUUGGUUCGUCCGCUCCCGCCGCCGCGAGUCGUACCCGCGUCGAGAUCUCACUUGCCUCACAUCCUUGUCCGUGAAAGACUGAGGGCGCUGAGGCGGAGCCGCACUAGCGCCCCCGAGAACGACGCCGCUGCGCCGCUCCCCGGGAGGGCGUCACCCCAACCCGUCCAGGAU